AUGAUCCGGGCGUUCUCCUUCCCCGUCAGCCCGGAGCGGAGCCGGCUGCGCGGCUGGCUGGAAGGCACCCUGGCCGGCUUGUGCGAGCUGCAUCUGCUGCGGGAGCGCCAGGAGCGCCGAGUGCGGCAGGCGCUGCGCAUCGCCGCCGAUCCCGCGGCCAAGCAGGGCGAUGGCGAGCUCGGAGGCGGCGGGGAGCCGGCGCCGGAGGACCAGCUGGAUGCCCUGCCUGGCUUGAUGUGGGAGCUGGAACAGCAGCUGGGACUGCUGCGACUUUACCCUGAGAAGAUGGGCGGGGAAGCAACAGAGACGGACAGCUGGCCCAGCUCAGGUUUUUAUGAGGGCCCCCUAUCGGCUGGCACCUCCGAUUCUCCAGCGUCUGGGCUUGGCGAUUCCUCUUCCAGUUUCCCGUCGGCUUCGGGUUCCUACUCCCGGAUUGGUUAUGCCAGUGAGCGCCCCAAAUCUGUGGGUGACGUGGCGAAUAGCAGCAAAGACGGGGCCAGCCGUAGCAAGGUGCCUCGCUCAUUCUCUGCCCCCUACUCCAGUUCCCAGGACCAUACCACGGAGCCGUUGUCAACUCGCUACCCGCCAGACCCGUUCCUGUACCCCAGCCCUCUCCACGCCGUAGCCCUGCAGAACCCUUUAAUCCGGAGCCGUUUGUACAAGGACCCUGCCUUCUCUUCAGCUGCCUCCCAGGCGUUGGGUUACCCAACUGAUCAAGAGGGAAGCCUGGACGCCUACGGCAAUGAGUUCCAGUUCUUUUCAGAGGCUGCCUCGCACUGCCAUAAGGUGGAAAGUUACAUCUCGCGCCUCAUCCGUCGCCGCAGCCAGCUGGUGCGAGGCAGCAAACCCCGGACUAGCCUCGGCUCAGAACCUCCUGCCCCCGCCAAGAGCAACGUGGUCAGGCAGAACAGCUUCUGCAAGAGGCCCGCUGAGUUGCUUCCCCCUCCGGCAGAACGCAAGCACCCUCCGGCCAUGGAAAGAGGCAGCAGCACCCCUUCGCCCUGCAGCCAUGAGGGCGGAGCCGCGGCAUCCACACGCAUCUGGUCCUCGUGGGAUGCGGCUGCGGAGAGGACUUUGGCUGCCAAGGCAGCGGCAGAGGACUACAGUCCACCCCAUUCCAGCCUCAAGAAACCCCCCAAGCUGCACGCCCUCGCCCACGCGAGGCCUACUUCUGUGGAUCAAUACGAGGCUGCUUACCCGCCAUCCCCUCUGCCGGAUGGAGAGGACGGAGUCUCCCGGCGGAACGGCCCCGACCCCGUCUCUUAUGAGUCUGAGGAUGGGGCCUGCUUAAUGGUGAAAGCUCAGUAUAUCCCUGCCCAACAGUCAACAAGGGCCCAACAAGCUCACCGUGCCGGCAAAAAGAAACCCCCGCCGCUCACCAAGGGCCGCUCGAUGGAGCUCUCACCAGAAAGGGCCCCUCCGAUCACAAGGGAGCGCCCCCGAGCGGUGGGCAGGAAGGGGGCAGGAAGAAAAAGCUCUCCCCGGUCUAGGAAGGCUGCCCGCUCGCAGUCCGAAAACAGUCUCCUCAAUAAACCAGGAGUCAAAUAUGGGACAGCUGAGCGGGAGGAAACGGCUCUAAAACCGGCCCGGCAACGGAGGCCCCAUGGCCACACGGCUGGUGGCUAUCGCAAAUGGCGCUCAACGGCUGAAAUCUGUCAAGAGGAGCCGUCUACGGGAGGUGCCGUUGAGCCGCGCCGGAUACAGCAGGGGAUAGGUACAGUUGGGUACGGUUAUGCUGGUAGUGACUCCGAAUGUUCGGGCGAGCAGGCCCGCCAAGCUCCCAUGUGCCGCCUGGAGGAGGGUCUGGCCUACGCGGACAGUGAAUCAAGCCUGAGCGAAUCGCCUCCUCCCUACAGUAGCGGGGCCUCCAGUGACACAGACGAGAGUGGCGGUCUCGUGUGGCCACAGCAGCUCUCUCCACAGCUCGUGUCUGCCUCUGGGCCCGGGAAGGUGGCUGGCGGGCAGCCCAAGGUCUUCGUCAAGAUCAAGGCCUCCCAUGCCCUGAAGAAGAAGAUCAUGCGGUUCCGCUCCGGCUCCCUUAAAGUUAUGACAACAGUGUGA